AUGCCACGUGUGGGACUGCGGGUGUGCCUGCUGCGCUGCACGCUGCUGUCGUCCCUCGUCCUCCUCCUGGUCUGCAGCAUCCAUGAGACGGAGCAGAACAGUUACUGCCAGCAGAUCAUCACGGAGAAGCACCUGGCUGAACUGGAGGAGCUGGCUGACACCCAGAUGCAGCACCCGGGCAGGGUCUCCUUCAAGUUCAUCAACAAGACGAAGCUGAAUGAUCCCGUCUGCUACGUGAAAGCCGCCUUCCCUCUGCUGGGCAAGAUCCUGGAGCGGACGGAGUUCAAGGAGAACUCGUCCAACGCCAAGAAGAUGCAGAUGGUGCGCAGGAUGUACAGCCGCAUCGAUGAGAACGUCGACCCCUGCAUCAGGGAGGAGGAUGAUGAGGAGAGGAAGCUCUCGCAGAUGUGCUUCGAGGAAUUCACCACCUCCCCCUACGAGAUGCUGGUGCUGGUCAAGCACUUCUUCCAGGACAUCAACCAACUACUGCAGAACCAGGAGACCUUCGAGAAAGACUGUAGUCAGGUCUACCGCAGGACCUGCCCGGAACCCAAGAAAGCCGAAUCCUCCCCAG